AUGUUGCUCGAUGGCCUAGCCCUGGCUGGAGGAGCCUCAUAUGUCCUCGCAAGCACAGCACCACAAUACUCACUGGGCUUAUGGAAGACAGCAUCACUCAUCUUUUUUGCGUACUUUUUCACAAUCCAGAUAUGGCGCGUCAUUCUCUAUCCACGUUUCUUCAGUCCUCUUCGCCACCUACCGCACGCACCAGAUGGUCACUGGCUGUGGGAUCAAACUGGACGAAUCCUCAAAGAGCCUUCUGGUAUUCCCAUGCGCGACUGGGUUGACAAUGUGCCAAACGACGGAUUGAUUACCUAUUCCACGUGGUUUGAACAACGAGUACUUGUAGCCAAUCCGAAAGGUCUCGCCGAGGUUCUGGUAACCAAGAACUAUGACUUUACGAAGCCCAAGCAGUUUAGCCAAAGUCUGGGCAGGGUCUUAGGACUAGGUAUCUUAUUCGCCGAGGGCGAUGAGCACAAAAGACAACGAAAGAAUCUCAUGCCAGCAUUUGCCUUCCGCCACAUCAAAGACCUGUAUCCGACGUUCUGGAAGAAGUCAGGCGAGAUGGCUCGCGCCUUGUCCGAGACUAUCAAUGCGAAGUCCAGCCCCAGCACGGCCAGCAAGGAGACAGCCGAUGCUGAUGACAAAGUAAAGCACGCCCCUGGUGCAAUUGAGGUGUAUGACUGGAGCUCUCGUGCUACCCUCGACAUCAUCGGAGUAUCCGGCAUGGACCGGGACUUCAACUCUCUCCAGGACCCAACCAACAAGCUAAAUCAAACUUACAAGUCUGUUUUCAACCCUGGCAGAGUCGGGAAUCUUCUCAGACUGGUGGGCAUCUUUGUACCCAUUUCACUGCUCCGCCUACUGCCAUUGAAGCGGAACGCCGUUAUAAGAGACGCCGUCUCCUAUAUUAAGUCGGUCUGCCGGGAUCUUAUCGUCGAGAAGCGCGAGAGGCUCAGCACCGAGAAAAAAGCAUCCAAGGCAGAUAUCGACAUUAUUUCUGUUGCGCUCGAGUCCGACGCCUUCAGUGACGAUGACCUCGUGAAUCAAAUGAUGACAUUCCUCCUUGCGGGACAUGAAACGACAGCCACAGCCAUGGCAUGGGCCUUGUACGUGCUCUGCAAACACCCAGACAUUCAAACAAAGCUGCGCAAAGAAAUCCAAUCGAAACUGCCAUCUCUUGACGACGACAUUACCGCCACCGACAUUGACAAUUGCUCCUACCUGCAAGCCUUCUGCAACGAAGUCCUGCGAGUAUGGGCGCCCGUUGCCUUGACCAUGCGUGUAGCUGCAAAGGACACCAGCAUCCUCGGGCAGUUCAUUCCCAAAGGCACCAUCAUCAUUCUUUGCCCAUGGGCUGUAAACAUGUCCGAACAGCUCUGGGGCGCAGAUGCCAAGGAAUUCAAGCCGGAACGCUGGCUUGACGCCGAGGGACGCACGAAUAAGAGUGGAUCUGCGGACUCAAAUUUCUCGUUUUUGACGUUCCUACAUGGCCCACGAAGCUGUAUUGGUCAGAAGUUUGCCCAGGCAGAGUUUGCGUGCCUGAUUGCGGCGUGGGUUGGUAGCUUUGAGACGAGGUUUGAGGAUGGAGGAGCGCUGGCGAGUGGUGAAACGCCAGAUAUUGCUGGGGGAGUCACGUCGAAGCCAAAGGGGGGAUUGUGGGUGCAGCUGAAGGAGGUUGAGAAGCAAUAA